AUGGAUAAAUCGGGGGCGGCGGAGAGUGCGGCAGCUCCGGCGGAGGAUAAGAAGGUUGGGGAGCUGAAGAGCGAGCUGUGGAGACUGGUGAGGCUGAUCGUGGACGAUGACGACGGCCGGGUCGACACCUACGACGAGGCGGCGAAGGCACUCGCGGAGCUUAAGUAUCUCACGUUCGGAUCGCCGAAGGUCCCUCAGCACUUCUUGUGCCCGAUCUCCGGCAUGCUGAUGAGGGAUCCCGUGAUUCUGGUUUCAGGAGAGACCUAUGACCGGGCAUUCAUUCAGGAGUUGCUGAAUUCCGGGAACCGGACAUGCCUGCGCAGCCAAGAGGUUCUCUCCAACGCCAUCCUCACCCCCAACCACCUUCUCCGAACCAUGAUAUCAGAAUGGUGUAAGGAGCAUGACAUCCCUCUGCCUCAACCUUGGAGCCAAGAUGGCGGCCUGAUCACAACGAUAGGGCAUAAGCCCCUUCACGAGCUCCUCGACAACAUGUCUUCGCUUUCCCUGCAGAAGGAAGCCAUGAAGGAGCUCCGGCUUCUCACGAAGCACAACAAGGCCUCCCGAGCCCUCUUAGGGGAGAAACCAGAUACAAUCCCCCAGUUGCUCUCGGUUCUCUCUGCGCCAGGCUUGACUAGUGAUCCAGAGUUCCAUGACGACACUGUGACCACAAUUCUAAAUAUUUCAAUCCAUGAGAGGAACAAGAAGAUUCUCGGAGACGACCCCCGAGUCAUCCCUUUCCUCAUUAAUUCGUUGAAGUAUGGAGACAUGGCGACUCGGAGCAAUGCGGCUGCCGCCCUAUUCAGCUUAUCAGCGCUUGAUUCCAACAAGGUUAAGAUUGUUGAGCUGGGAGCCAUCAAACCCCUCGUGCAGCUCCUGAAGCAAGGUGGAGAAACUGCCAGGAGGGAUGCGGCAUCGGCUAUUUUUAACAUCUGCUUGGACCCCGAGAACAAGGAGAAGGCAGUGAAGGAAGGGGUAGUGGGUGUAGCCUGGAAGCGCGUCAUGGAUAAAUCUCUCGUAGAUGAGUCGUUGGCUAUCUUAGCUCUGCUACAACGUAAGCAAGAGGCAGUGUUGGAGAUCGGUGGGAGUGGUGGGGUGCCCGCCUUGUUUGGUAUUAUUAGGGAGAGCACCUCAAGAGAGAGCAAAGAGAAUGCAGUGGCGCUUCUCCACGCAAUCUGCAAGUGGGAUCCAGUGAAGCGGAGGAAGGCCUUGGAGGAGGAGAAUUUGAGCAACACGAUCCGUACUCUGUGUGAUGUAGGUCAUCGAGGGGCUUCUGAAAAGGCCGGGAAACUUCUUCUUCUGCUGUCGGGUGUAGAAGAGCGUAAGAAGAAAACGAGAGGAAUACGUAUUUUGUAA